ACACAGGAGGGUCACACCAUCCCUCACCAUCAUCAGGGCCAAGAGAUUAAAAGUAUCAAAUCUGAGAUUAAAGAGGAAGAAGAAGUAGAAAUGUUAUUGAGUGGAGAUCAGCAGUCUAUGGAGGAGGGGGAGAUAAAUAUGAAAAGUGAACAGGAGGAAUCCUCGCUUUAUAUUGACACAAGUGGACAUUAUGUCUGCAGUACAUCGGAGAGACGUUGUAUUCCAUCUCAGAAUUAUAAAACAAAAGAUGCUCCAAAAGCAAAUCCUUCGAAUAAAAAGAUACGUCGCUCACGUUCCCAUGUGAAGAGAUCAAUCUCUAAACCCAAGAAAUCUUCUGAUAAAUUGAAUUCUGUUACUCGAGAUAUUCGCCCGAAUUCUCACAGUGCGGUUAGUUCAACAGCUACACCUUCCCCCAAGAAAUCGUCUUCAAGCCAAGUCUACGCAGGCGAACGAUCAUUUGUAUGUUCAGUGUGUGGGGAAUCGUUCAGUGAGAACAGGGCACUUUUCGCACACAAGCGAAAUCACGAGAGUGAGCGCCCCUAUUUGUGCCCAGAGUGCGGGAGAGGCUUCACUCAGAUAGGAUUCCUUCUUAUACACCAGAGAAUUCACACAGAAAGAUGUCCUUUGCCGUGUUCAGAGUGUGGGAAAUCUUUCAUCAACAAAGAAGACCUUGGUAAACAUCUAGAAGAUCACAAGUGUGAACGCACUUUCUCAUGUUCAGAGUGCGGGAAAUCUUUCAUCAACAAAGAAGACCUUGGUAAACAUCUAGAAGAUCACAAGUGUGAACGCACUUUCUCAUGUUCAGAGUGUGGGAAAUGUUUCACCAACAAAGAAGACAUCCAUACACACCUAGAAGGUCACAAGAGCCAACGUUCUUUCUCGUGUUCAGAGUGCGGGAAAUGUUUCACCAGCAAAGAAGACCUUCAUAAACAUCUUGAAGAUCACAAAGAGGAGCGUCCUUUCUCCUGCCCAGAGUGUGGAAAAGGUUUCGCCAACAAAGGAAACCUCCGUAAACAUCUGAAAAUUCACAAGGGGGUUGGGCUUGGCCCCUUAGUUCUAGUGGAGGGAACUCUUAAGGCGUCAGCAUUCUGACCUCAAUCCGAUAAAACUUUGGAAUGAAUUCGAGCGGAGACUGCAAGCCAGGCCUUCUCAUCCAACAUCAGUGCCUGACCUCACACAUGCGCUUCUGGAAGAAUGGU